AUGGGUCGCUACCUCAGCACCAACUUGUGUUCAAGUUCUGUGAAUGAGACUUUGAGAUCAUACUGCAAAAUUAGGAAAACAUUCAAACCUGUAGCUCCAAUUGGGAUCCUUGAAGAGGCUCAGAAUGGUUUUCUUUUGAGUUCGCUGGGAGGAAGUUUUGGUCAAUCAUUUAAUAGAUUGUCCAGACACAUUAACAUUUAUUUCAAGAGAAAGGACGUUGUAGCUAAAAAUGCCGUCCUUGUUGCCACAACUCCAGAAUAUCUUGGCCGGUCACAGAGGCGUAGUCUAAGUCAACGGGAAGCCAGUGAGCAAAAUAUAUCAGAGCGCCAAGACACAACACAGACCUUAAAAACCAAAGACAAACAGGUGAGCUCAGAAACAAGUCCUUCAAAACCAGACAGCCCUAAACUGCAACUAUUUCACAUCAGCUCUUUGGCAACAAAGUUUGGUGAGAGCUACAGUUAUGUUGCUAGUCACAUUAACUCAGUCUUCCCUCGCAGUUUUGCAAAAGUUGAAACGCAGGAGAAUUUGGAAACCAUGUCUUCUACCAAAGGGACAAACAGGAGGCUGAAGAAGAGACCAAUGCAAAACACUUACAUCAUGAAGUCUAAAGAAGCUGAAAUGUCUCAAGUCAAACCUGCUGUUGAUCAGGCAGCAGUGGAAUCUAACAAUAGCUCUAGCAGCUGGGAUGACGGCUACCUCCUCUUUGCAAGACACAUCAAUAAAUACUUUGGUGCCAAGCUUAACGAAGAAGUCGACCAAGAUCCGAAUAGGAGAGAACACGUUUCUGUGGAACAAAAUAGCUCUUACAAAAAACCCUUUUCAACACAAACUACCUCACCAACUCAAGGUGCCAUGUCACAAGUGAAGCAAGACGAACCUAUCAUCCAUGAAACUGGAGGCCUUUUCCACAGCAGCAGUAAUACCACUAACUUUGGGGAGAACUAUUUCCAAACGGCUGGUUACAUCAAUGAGUUUUUCAAUGGUCAAAGAAUAUUGGAUGUGGACAUUGAUAGAAAUGUCCUGACAGAGGUGCACCCUGGAUCUGCUACCUCUGAAAGACUGAAGACGGUAUCCUUUAUGGAUUGUCUUCGUCACCCCACAAGCGCCAUCCCUGACUUGCUGGGUUCUUAUCUAAAAUCGGGUCCCUUGACGCAGACUGGUAAGACCAGAUCUGCCAAGACUUCACCAGAGGCAUUGGUGAAUAAAAAGUUUGUUUUGAGUCGGAGGCAGGCAGAGGAAAUGACACGAGUGUUGAUUGGCACUCUGUCACAGGCGUCAUCUCCAGAAGCUCUGACUUCCUGCGUGGAGGCACUCAAUGAACACCUCAUACGUUACCCAUCAUGUAAAGGUGUAAUGUGGCAGGAGAAAACUGCGGUCACGUUGUUGAGAAAGCGACGAACCAGCAGAGAUAACCAGGCGCUUCAGAGCGCCUUAAGAGAAAGCUUGGCUCUAAUCGGCUAUGUGGAUCCAGUCAAUGGUUGUGGCAUUAGAGUGCUCUCAAUUGAUGGUGGUGGAACAAGAGGUGUGGUGCCCUUGCAGGUAUUGCAGAUACUAGAAGCUGAGACGGGCAGGAAGAUCCACCAGCUGUUUGACUACAUCUGUGGAGUGAGCACAGGUGCCGUUCUGGCCUUCAUGCUGGGUCUGGCCCAUUUUUCUCUGGAGGAGUGUGCUGAGAUGUAUCGGCGUUUUGGCUCUGAAGUGUUUCGGCAGAACCCGCUGGUUGGCACCGUGAAGAUGGGCUGGAGUCACUCCUACUAUAACACUGAGACCUGGGAGACAAUACUACGAGAAAAGAUGGGAAACAGAGUACUUAUUAAAACAGCCAGAGAGGAGUUCAGUCCAAAGGUUUCAGCAGUCAGCGCAGUGGUAAACUGGGGUACCAGUCCAAAGGCCUUCGUCUUCCGCAACUACAACCACAAACCAGGCUCUCUCAGCCGCUACGCAGGAGGCUCAGCCUGCCAGAUGUGGCAGGCAGUGCGAGCAUCAUCAGCUGCCCCAGGAUACUUCCAGGAGUUCCCCUUACAAAGUGACAUUCACCAGGAUGGAGGAAUUAUCCUAAACAAUCCCUGUGCCUUGGCUGUCCAUGAGAGCCGUCUAUUGUGGCCCAACCAGCCCUUCCAGUGUGUGCUUUCCCUUGGCACCGGUCGCUAUGACAAUGCUAAGAAGGGACCUACCACCUCCACCAGCCUGAGGGCAAAAAUCAGCAACCUGAUCUGCAGUGCCACUGACACUGAAGGCGUCCACACCCUUUUGGACGAUCUGCUACCUCCAGACGUGUACUUCCGCUUCAACCCAAUGUUGAGUGCUGUGGUGUCCCUGGAUGAGAGCCGGCCGCAGGUCCUCGACCAGAUGCAGAGGGACACCCAGAAAUACCUGGAGAGAAACCGGCCCAAAUUGGCCAGGCUCUGUUUAGUGCUCGGGGCGGAGCGUACAGCUGCUAGCAGAACUAAAGACUGGAUGAAUGAGAGGGCAUGGGAGAUGAAGCAGCGAUGGGUGUGAGUAGGUACAGUAUGAGGUAUGUCUUACAUGAAGCUGCCUUUUCUGUGCACAGAUUCACACACACAUACAGGCUGUGGACACAAAGGGAAACCCCUUAAAGUACAACAACCACCCUGAUUCACUGAAGCACUUUGGUUUGUAGUUUGGACCUUAAAGGUGUCUCUUCAACUCAGUAGUCAUUUUAGCCACGCUAGAGCUGUGACUCUAUGGAUGGCAAUGUCAGUCUGCCAGUUUGUCCACCACUUUGGUCCAGAUUGUUUUAUCUCAACAACUUUUAGAUAGUCAUUAAAUGUUGUACAAAUAUUCAUGGUCUCUAGAAGAUGAAGCCUAUUGAAUAUGGUGAUCCCCUGACUUUUCCUUUAGUGCAACCAUGAAGGGAUUUUGAGUGAAAUGCCCUGACACUUAGUGCUGACCAAGUGGCAACCUCCGGGUCUGGAAAGUGAAGUCGAUGCUUAAGUGCCUUAAACCUGCAUUCUCUCUAAUGGCCAGCAGGGGGCGACUGGUUGCUAAAAGCAAUCCCAUUAUAUAGAAGUCUAUAAGAAAAAUGAUUUAUUUACUUACUUGAUUUAUUAUCUCAGUAAAUGUUUUCCUGACUAGUUUAUGGACUCUAUUGCUAGUCUUAGGUCUUCAUAAAGCAGCUUAUGCUUUAGAAUUUGAAAAUUGCAUAUUUUCAACAUGUCAAAACGAAUGACAUUCCCAUCAGCCUCUGUUGUAUUUUGUGUUAAGGGAUAAUUAUAUGUUAUUUUGCUAAGAUGGUAAAUAUCUUACCUGCUAAACAUAAGUAUGUUAGCAUUAAUAAUGUGAGCAUGUUAGCAUGCUGUGUGUUAGCUCAACUAAACAUACAGUUUAGAAGAUUUUACGGCGUGUCUCUACGUUUCAUACGCGUAAAUGAGACCUUAGUUGUAAUUUUAUGCCUCAGGUCUAUUUUCUUUGUUUUUAUGCACUUAAACAGUUGUGUGUUGGGCUUUGAGCACUGCCAAAACAUGGUUGUCCUACACACAGUUUUUUUUUGUCUUCAGCAUUUGUAAAUAUGUGAUUUGUAGUGUUUGUAGCUGAACUCACAAUUACACAGCCAGCCAUUGAGUUGUAUUAAGUUAUUCACUGAUCAGCAGAAUCCAUCAGCUUUGAAAGGAGAUUCAACAAUCACCAUUUUUACAAGUUGUUUUUUUCCACUUCACUUCCAGAGGAAUAAAGAAGGUUAAUCAAAUCCGUUAAAUUUAUUAUAUCACAAGAUAAUUCUUCUGUUUUGUCCAUUUCCUGAUAUACUGUAUGCCAAAUCAAUGUGAUGUUGUGAACAUACCUCACUUACAUCUAGCAUUUUGUUGAUGACUUCAUCAAACGUUCAUGCACUUUAUCAAAAACGCUUUGUGUAAUGAGCGCUGGCACUUAUCGUUGAAUGUAAUAUUAGCUAUGAAUCAUACUUUCAUGUGACUUUACAUCUGAUGUAGUAUAUUAUUGUGCUAU